AUGGAAGAAGAAGAGUACAUUAGAACAAGGAUUUCAUCAAGAGCAUGGUGUGAUCUACAUCCAGAGCUUUUAAGUGAAAUAGCACAGAGUUUAGGAAUAAUUGAUCUUCUAAGCUUUCGCGGAGUUUGCAAAGAUUGGCGUUCUGCUUCCUUCACAGCUUCUGCCUCCAUUGAAUCAACGUCUCGUGACUCAAAGCUCUAUUUCCUUCUUCAUAAUGAUCGCGAUGAGAAUACUAUCUUAUUUAAUCCAACCACCAACAAGAAUUACACCAUCAAUAUCCCCGAGUUGAAAGAAGCAACUUGCCUUGCAUCAACUCAAGGUUGGUUACUCAUAUCACAAAGAGGUAACCUUUUCUUCUUCUGCCCUUUCUCUCGCGUGAAAAUUGACCUCCCACCUAUUCAAGGACUAGAAAACACUCCUGCGGCUGCUGCUGCAUUUACCUCACCCCCUUCCUCAAUUGAUUGUGUUACGGCUAUCAUUUACAAGGAAAAUGAUGAUAUUGUGGAGGUAAACGUCCUAGAACGCGGAGCUAGCAUGUGGAUUAAGUAUGAAUAUGAUCUCAAACAUAAUCAAAAGAGUUUUGGUGAUGCUAAAUGUGCUACUUUUCAACAAGGAUGUCUCUAUUUGAUGGAUGGUUUUAAGAAGUUGUUGACAUUCACAUUGGAAGAUAAAAGUUUUGAGAUGUUCUUAGUAAUUGAGCAAUCUAAGGAUCCAAAUUUGGAAACAUUGUCAUUUAGGUACAAGGACAAACUUUUUAGUAGAAGUAAUUUGAAAAAACAGAUGAAUCUUGGUGAUGAUGUUACUAUUACUACUUGUGGUGCUACUUAUUUUGGAAGUGAUUUUGAAGUUUUGAUCCACAAUGAAAACAUUGAGGCAAUGGAAGGAACAAAUGCUCAACAUUUCAAAGGAAUUUGGAUUCAGCCUAGAUUCUUUCAACUCCCUCCAAAUUAUAGUUGGUCACUUUGA